AUGUUCUCUUCUUUCAAGAUGCAGAUAUUUAAGGGUCUUUGUUCAGAAACAAAAUGCUUGCUCGAAUCCGGUUUGUUUAAGAACCGACCUCUUUUUCUGGAGAAGAUUUCUUCCAGGCCUUGCCAUUCAGCUACUCCGGUUUUUUCGUCCGAAGAACAGGAGGCGUUUCCAUUUGCUGCGAGCUACUCAGCCACUCCAGUUUUGUCGUCGGAAGAACAGGAUGUGUUUCCAUUGGCUGCGAGGGUGGUUAAGUCUUUGGAUGGGCAGGUUAUAAGUAAAAUGAGUUUUCGUAAUGCUGUGAAGGUACAUGGGUUUCCUUAUUCUAUUGAUACAUUUAGGGUUUUUGUUCACGUGUUUGCAUCGGUGGGAAUGGAAAGGGAAGUAUAUUCGUUGCUUUUCAAUGUUGUUUCCUAUUAUCAGGCAUUCGAUCUUGAUAUGUUUGAGUUGUUUCCUUUUUUACUGGGUGGAAAGCCACCGCAUCCAGAAAUAUCAAUUGCUGUCUUUGAUGUUCUGAUGAAGGUUUUUGCAGCCAAUUCCUUGUUUGAGAGUGGGCUCCAUGUUUUUUAUCAAACUAAGAAACUUGGGCUUACACCCAGUAUUCGUUCAUGCAAUUUCUUGCUCAAGUGUUUGAUAGGAAAAAGUAAGGCAGACUCUGCCCGGAUGUUGUUUGAAGAUUUAAAGACUCAUGGCCCCUCGCCUAAUGUCUAUACUUACAGUAUAAUGAUGAAUCUUUAUUGUAGAGGACAGAAUGUAGACAUCAGCCAAGCCACUGAUAUUCUGGAGGAUAUGAAAAAGAGCGGGGAAAGCCCUAGUGUUACAACGUACAGCACAUACAUAAAUGGACUUUGUAGAGGUGGUUUUCUUGACAUUGCUUUGGGUAUUGUUAGGGAAAUGGAAUGUAGAAAGCAUCCCUUGAAUAGUUAUUGCUACAAUCCUGUUAUCUCUGCGUUUUGCCAACAAGGUCGCCUGUGUGAAGCAUUAGAGGUUUUUGAAGGAAUGGAGAACAAUGGAAUAUCACCAGAUCACCAUAGCUUCGGUAUUUUAUUGGAUGGGUUUUGCAAGCAAGGGGAUGUCGAAAACAGCUUCCAUUUAGUGCGCAAGAUGCUUGUGUCUGGUGUAAAACUGAACAUUGUAAACUACAGCUCACUCCUCACUGGCCUCUGCAAAGCUGGACUUCAUGAUUUUUCACUGAAAUUGUUCCGUGGCCUAAGUGCUUCUGGGUACAAACAUGACAUGAUUUCAUACAAUACCUUGGUCAAUGAAUUCUGUAUGAUAGGUGAUAUGGACUCUGCCAGCAAACUUCUGGAGGAGAUGAUUCAUUAUGGUUAUGUUCCCGAUUCCUUUACUUUUGGGAGUGUGAUUCGCGGGUGCUGUGAGGUUGGACUCUUAGGGAAAGCCAAAGAGUUGUUCAAUGUGAUGAAGACAGUUGGUCUCUUGCCUGGUGUUUUUGUUUGGAAUGUCAUUGUUGAUAGGAUCUGUAAGGAAGGGGACUUAGAGCAGGCAUUGAAGCUUAUCUAUGAAAUGCAAGAUCAAGGUAUUCUCCCCAAUUCACGUACGUAUCAUGCUAUCAUCAAGAGGUUAUGUGAUGAGAAAAUGUCUGAAAAGGCAUUGGCAUUAAUUUCUUUUAUGGUCAAGUUUGGUUCACUCCACAUAAACUGUUUUAAUACCAUGAUCAAUGGGUUGGUAAAACAGUCGCUCCCAAGGGAGGCUUGGAAAGCGUGCAAAGGUAUGUUGGGACUAGGAAUCAGCCUUGAUAUUGUCACGUAUACAGUGCUUAUCAAAUUGUUCUGCAGGACAAAUGAAAUGGAAAAGGCCUGGUUUCUUUUUGCUGGCAUGAAAAAAAGAGGUCUGAUGCCAGAUGUGGUUACCUACACCACUAUGAUGGCUGGCUAUAGGAAGAUGGGAGACAUGGUUAGGUGUAAUGCCUUGGCUGAUGAGAUGAGGAGGAGAAUUCUUGGACUCGUCUCUUGCCCUCCUUAUCUCUACACCUUAUCUUCAUUUGUCGAUCUUAUUCACACAAUGGCUGGUCAGUCAGCUGACUCGCAACAACAAGAAGACACAAAUCUAGAACAAGAAGACCAAAACGAAGUAGAUGAAGAUGAAGAAGACCUGAAAUGGUCCUCUUCGUCUUCUUCUCCAAUUCUGAUUCUGACUACGCCUCUUACUCCGAGUAUGAUUACACUACCGAAGCCCAACAACAGGAACAACAAGAAGCUGACCCGCUUCUCUCCAAUAUCCGGCAGGGCCGGCCGCCGGGGGAGUGGGAUCCUGUUUGGGCAGAUGAGGAGGACUGGGAGGUGGUCAAUGAGGAGAUUCGCGAAGGCAGGGACUCUCCCAUUGCGCCAUUCUAUAUACCCUACAGGAAGCCUUAUCCUGUCAUACCUGACAACCAUUACGAUAUAUCUAAUCCCAAAGCAUUCAUUGAAGAGCUGGAUAGGAUUGAGGAGUUUUUCAAAUGGGUCAGCUACAUUUUUCCAGAUGGAAGCUCGUACGUGCCCUUUUCUUGUUAUUGAUAUUCAGAUUGGUUAUUGA